CGCAUUGGGCGCCCGGAAAUCUGCCUUCUUCUUUCCCCCCUUCAAACAUGGCGGAGGUCAGGCUUCCCUUUAGAAGGGGAGCCUUUAACUUUGCACUCAAAACCUAUAAUCGACAACUCCUUGAAACUCAAAGUAAGCCAAGUAGAAGUGCAAUAACAGCCUCGUCUGUCUCGGCGGGGUUUGGAUGUGGUGGUGUUCAAGAUGGAGAACUUUAUGGAGCUGACAGAGUGACCGCGGGAGAUUCUCAGGACAGUUACACAAGUGUAACACCACUGUUUGGUAUUGUUGACUAUGGGAAUAUCGCUCAAUAUCACUACUAUGUUGGACUCAAUGAACAGUAUCUACUUUCUAAUGCAUUUCCAAUUCAGAAUAUAGAUCUACCUCGGAUUUACGCCAAAUCGAAGGGUUCUUCCUGCACCUUUCGAACAGCUGAUCGACAACAGAGCCUCGGUUUGUGUGGAGGACAUCAGGUUGUGUUUGUCAGAGCGUACAGCGGCAACGGGGCCAGAUCUGAGCCCCUCUACAAAACCAAAACAGGAUACUAUGAAAUCCUGGAGGUGUCACCAACCGCCACCCAUGCCCAGAUAAAAACAGCCUACUACAAGCAGUCCUUCGUGUACCAUCCUGACAGAAACAGGGACAGUGAACACGCCACUGUCCGCUUCUCGGAGAUAAGUGAGGCCUACACGGUGCUUGGAAACAAGGCUAUGAGGAAGAAAUACGACCGGGGUAUGCUGGGUCCAUCAGACCUCCUGACAACCAGACCAUCCGCCCAGGACACCGGGAGCUCUGGGAAAAAGCAUGCCGAGAGCAAGCGGUCUGUGGUGGGUGCAAACCUGCGAGAAAACUUCUUUGAUUUCGACUCGUUUAUCAAGACCCAUUACAGCGAGCAGCUGCAGAGAGAGAAAAACAACAAGAUUCGCAGAGAGGAGAUGCUGAAAAAACAGGAGGAGACGUUUCGGGACAGGAAAAUGAACACGGCGACGGAUGUGGGAGUUGUGGCGAUGAUUGUGACAGGCAUUUUUUUAAUGGCCAGCUUAUUCCGAGCGUGAUGUUCAUUCACAUGGAGGAUGUUGGACUUUAAUCAUCACCACCUCUCACACUACAAAGAAGAAAAGACUGCUGUUAGAAAAGCUCUUUGUUUGAACCCUAUUUGAACUCUCGGUCUGGAGACGGAAACUGUUAGACAUAAUGAAUUGUUUUGCGGUAUGGAUAACUUCACAUUAUAUUUAAGUCAAUAUCACACAGUGCAAUUAAAAUAAGAUCACACUGACCGCUGCAAAUCAAAGACCAAACGGUUCAGCACAGUACUGUAUACAUUCUGUCUGUGGGCAGAGUAUCCACUGUUUUUUCCUGGUGUAUCCAAGACUUUGAGGUUACCAGAUCAUCUGUUUUUCAAUACUUUAACACAAACGGCCAUGCAAAUCCAAUUGUAAUUAUAAAUAGUGCAUUCAAAUCAUUCAUAAUCCGAUUUAAGAUUACAAAAGUUGUACAAUGCUGAUACAGUAACAUUUGAUGAUGCAACACCCAAAGAUCAGGUUUGAAAUUGUUAGCACCGCCCAUGAGUUUUUAAUUCCAUACUCUGCCAUGAAUGCUGUCUUUUAAAUCUAGUACACAAUUCACAGGUUGAUUAAGCACGUGACAGUGCUACGGUUCAGUUUUGGCUUUUAUAAAGUCAUCUGUCUUGCAGAUUUCUUUAUUUUUUGAUUAUGGUUUCAAGUAUUGCUAUUUAUGAUAUAUUUCAAGCAAUGUAAGGGAUGGUGGGCAUAAUAGGAACUGGAUGUUUGUGCUCAUGAAAAGGUGCCUUGGAAUGAUAUUUAUUGUAAAACUGAAUGGUUAUAUUGAACUAAUAAAUGAUUUAUGAGUCUUUU